UUCCUUUUUGUUCUCUGCACAUCACAACUAAAACGUUUGCCUCUUUUUUUACUCGCUUUUGCAAAAACCAGGUUAUAUCAGCGCAUGCUGCAUGCAAAUAAAUAAUUUGUGAAAGAUUAGGGUACGUAUUUUCUUAUUGCUGUCAUCAGUUAUCGUUGACGUCAACGAACGUGUUCCGCGAACAUCGCACUUGCGUGCAGACAGCUUUGUCCCGCGGGUCUGUGCUCGCGGGCAGCUAGCGUUACUGAACGCGGGUCGAUCUCACCGAGGAAACAGAAUUUUUAUCGAUGAUCAACGCGACUAAACUUCAAAGGUGUUCGUGAACCAUUACCACCAUAUUUGCAACAAGCCGCCAUGGGCAAGAAAAAAGAUGAAGAAAAUGUUGAAGAAAUGGCACUUGAAACGCACGCGACAAAAAGCGAGUACGGGUCACCAAAAGAACAUGACCCCAGUUUUAAAGGUCCAGUGAGUGAAAGGUCCUGUACUGAUGUUGUGUGCUGCAUCCUCUUUAUCCUCUGUAUCCUUGGAGCUGCAGUAUGCUCCAUCAUUGGCUAUGCUCGUGGGGAUCCAAAUCGUCUUGUCUAUGCUACAGACUCUGCCGGCAACUUCUGUGGACAGGGGAAAUUUCAGAACAAGAGCUUUUUGUUCUUCUUUGACUUGAUACAGUGUGCAAAAAUGGGCCCAGGAGUAGUUCUUGGAUGCCCAACCCCUCAGGUCUGUGUGUCAGAGUGUCCCCAAGAGAAUUUUGUAUAUUUGGAGAGUGUUACCCUGGAAAGAGCAGGACAAAGACAGAAAGCAAGAGAAAAGCUCAUCUGCAAAUAUGAUGUUGAUCCUCAAGUUUCCACCGAGACCAUUGAAGAUCUUGUAAAGAAGGAAAUGUGUGCAGCCUAUUAUGUGGCAUCGAAAUCUGUGAUCAACCGAUGCAUACCUGCUGUAUUUAAUAAGAUACUUGACCUGAAAGAACAGUUGAAGACUGCUGAUAACAACAGCAUACAAACAGUGUUUGGGGAGACUGUCACAGGGACUAAGCUUGAAAAUGGCACAAUAUACCUGGCUCAGUUCUAUAAGCUGAAAGGGUAUGCUGAGCUUGUCUUUAAGGACCUUUGUGAAUCCUGGCCUCACAUCAUUGUGGGACUCGUAAUUGCUACAGUUAUCUCCUUCUUAUGGAUUGUAUUACUGAGGUAUUUUGUGGGAGUUAUUGUGUGGCUGACUCUCAUCCUGUUUGCUGGACUUUUUGCUUUUAGUUCUUACUACAGCUAUAGACGAUAUUAUGACUUAAAAGGUAAAAAUUUGACCAGUGAGUUUGGGCUUUCUCAGGCCUUUGUACUUAACUUUGAGCACUACCUGACCCUCAAGGAAACCUGGCUUGCAUUCGGAUGUACUUCUGCCACACUUCUUGCCAUCUUUCUUCUCAUUGUCAUCGUUCUUGCCAGACGAAUUUGCAUUGCUAUUGAGCUCAUCAAAGAGGGAAGCAGGUACACAAUCCCAAUGCAGCUGUAUAUGCUGUUUAUGUUCUUCUGGCUCAUGAACUUUGUCGUGGCCUUUGGUCAGAUGACACUGGCUGGGGCUUUUGCUACUUUCUACUGGUCACGAAAAGAAAUGCCACCCCACCCACUUUUGUCUUCCUUUUGCAGGUGUCUGAGAUACCACCUCGGGUCGCUGGCUUUUGGCUCACUGAUCAUUGCCUCGAUUCAGCUGAUUCGUUCUAUUCUAGAGUACAUGGACAGAAAACUGAAGAGCUCUGAGAACAGUGUUGCCAAAUUUAUUCUGAAAUGCUUGAAGUGCUGCUUUUGGUGUCUCGAAAAAAUACUCAAGUUUAUCAACAAGAAUGCAUAUAUCAUGAUUGCCAUUUAUGGUCGCAGCUUUUGUACAGCCACAAAAGAUGCAUUUAUGCUGAUCAUGCGGAAUGUUUUGAGAACAUAUGUGCUGGAUAAAGUGUCUGAUUUCAUCAUGUUUAUCAGCAAGUUGAUGGUUACUGGUGGAGUAGCCAUAGGAGCAUACUACUGGUUUGAAAACCGUAUUCCAUUCCUGGAGAACUUUAUACCAGACCUGCAUUUUCGGCUUCUGCCUGUCAUUAUUCUGGUCCUAGGCACAUAUCUGGUGACAAGUUGUUUUUUCAAUGUCUAUGACAUGGCAGUUGAUACACUCUUUCUUUGUUUCUUGGAAGAUCUGGAGCGCAAUGAUGGUUCACCUGAGAAGCCAUAUCAGAUGAGCUCUGGUCUGAAGACCAUUUUGCGGAAAGAUGUGGACGAGGUAGACAAUGUGCACGUGGAGGGUGCUUCCAACAUACCUGCAGAAAAUGCAGGGGAAGGUAGGUUAAGAGCUGGUAGCCAGGUGGAGGGCGGAACAGAAACACUCCUCCCUGCUGAACAAGAAGCUGAUGCCGAGUUAAAAGCCGCUGAAGAUCAGGAUGCUACAGAUCAGUAGACAAAGUCAAGACCUCAAGAUUGCCCAGACUCCAGAAGGCCAGGUGCUGUGCACAAAAGAGCAAAAAGGAGAGGAAUGAUAAGAUGAGUUUAAGUUCAAAGGACACAAAGGUCAAAUUGAGUGAUGUACAGCAUUAAAACAUCCAACUAUAAAUGUAAUUUUCAGCUGGAAGUAAAAUAUUCUUGCUUUCAAGUCUUUGUAGGAAAGAGUAUUUCACUAAUUUUUUUUUUGGAGGGGGGGGUUGGUUCAGUGUGUAAAUUGUAUUUAUUUUUUAGGUGGGCAUUUUUACAGAGAUAAGCAGCAUUCAUGGACAAGCUAUAGAAGAAGAAUCAUGUUAUUCUGUUACAUUGUAUCUUUUGUGAUUUAUUUAUUUCACUAGACCCAUGGAAUAUUGGAUGUUUUACUUCAAGGGAAUGAGACCUGCAAAGGAAAUGCAAUUACAUUGUUAGGCUGUAUAUGAUUUGCCAAAAGGUAAUUAAAUGCAGCUGGUUCGAUCAUGUCAUCUGGUAUAAUAUCUUGCUGAAGACGGCCCUCCAAGGGUACAUUGAAGGCUACUGACACCGUGGCGAACAAAAGAAAAGCUGGGUGAAGGAGUGGACCGGCUGUCCACUGGGGGACCAUAUUAUAUGGGCUCAAGACUGGCCCUGCUGGCAGUUCACCCAAGCUGUAUGACUGGUAUAACUGCUACCAUUUAAAAGAUGAGAAGAAGAAUUAAAUGCAGCAUUGUGAAAUACAGAAUUGGGAAACAUUUCCUGUCUGCCAUUCCUGUAUUAGAUUUUCAAAGGAGGACAGAGUAGUCUAAAUAGAAAAUGUACUUUGCCCAUUUACAUUUAAAAUUGACUGGUUUUCCCAUUUUAUUCUAACAGGUUUUAUUGUGGCACAGGGAAAUUGUUAUAAUCUGAUUGUGUGAGCAGUGCAUAUUCUUGAUUGAAAUAGAUAAUUCGAUGGAAUACAAAUUUUCAUUUCAUUUUUCACAGAAUUUUUCCCCGUUCUUAUAAUUUGCUUCAGAAUAUCAUGCUGUAAAUUAAAAAUCCAAUGAUGUUCAAAGUCUGGUGUAACAAAGCAUAUGGGAAAUAACUUUGACUCUAAGGUAGCAAGCAGUUUCUUCCCUUGCAAUGGUUUCCAGGUAUAUUUAUUGUUUCAAAGUCGACUUUGUUUUGUGGUUUGCUUUGUUUUUUGUGGAGGAGAAGGUGAAUUCUUUUGUUUCAUAUGAACCUCAAGCAAGUGUCUUAACUGUUAUGCUUCUGGGCACCCCUUGUGGUCACUCAAAGCAAACUGCAAAUCAUCAGCAAACAGGGCAUUGCAUCUAUUUUUAAUGUAUAUUUUUUAUAAUAUGUUCUGUAAAAAGUUUGUCUUAAUCAUUAUGCCAAUCAUUUAGUCUUAUGAUGGGUAGCAUCUUAAAAUCAUGUGCAACACCUGUUGCAAGCGUUUUAACCACUACACUACCAGGCGCCCGAAAAUCACCUCAAGAUGGAAGCACUUUCUAAUAAAGCCCCACCCAGGAAUUGUUGUAUUGCUCAUUCAUUCUACUUUUAUCACCAAGUCAUCUUUCCUAAUCUCUGUAAUCUCUUACACGUGAAACCAAUGGGGGCAAUUAAUAGUUACAUCUGUGGAGUCACUUCUUCUCUAAAGGUGUAUCAACCCUUUGAAUCUUUUAUGUCAAUAUUAUAAAGUUCAGUAUAUUCAUCUUAAUUGAUGUUCAACUUUUCAAUGUUGUGCUUUUUCUAGUUUAUAAAAUGUAUAUUAAUGCUCUUAUUUUUGCAUUAUGGAUAAAGCAUUGUGUACAUUCGUGCAAACGUAUAUGUGAGUGAAAGAGACGUAAACAUGCAUGCGUAGAAGAUAUUUUCUUACUUUCAUAUACAUGUACUUGUAUUUUGAAUAACAUUUAAAGUUUGACUAUUUUUUUUUAAAUUUUGGUCACUUGAAGAAGGAAAGGCACUUGCUAACUCCACUUAUACACAGAACUAAAAGAACUUCCUAGGAAGAACACAACUGAAGGGUGUGGUUACAUUGCAUUUUUACUUUUUUUUUAUGUAGCAAAAAUCUUACUGAUGGUGUAUUUUAUAUUGUUACUUCUUUUUCUCCAGUGAAGUUUAUCCAUGUACAUCUUUUUUUAUUUUUCACGUUUUUACUGUGAAAUAUUUUUGCGUAUCAUAUAAGCAUCCUAUUAUUUCUUGUUAUCUUUUUACAUUAAAGUUAACAUUGGUGUGA